CCUUGCAAAAAAAAAACACAAAUAAUGUAUGUUGUGGCCAUUGAGAAUAAAAAUGAACUGAAAUUUUGCACAAAAGAAAUUAGCCACAGCGAUCCGGCAACACUUGGUAUUUAAACUGUACCCAUUUACUAAGCUUUUUACUUUAGACCGCACCAAAAGCGCGCGACUAAAAAGCUUUUAGUUUUAGCUAGCGCAAGGCAAGCAAAACAAAUAAAAAAACAUACAAAAAAAACCAAGCACAUAAACAAGACAAAAUAGAUUUAUAAAAAAAUGCAAUGCCCAAACAAAUGAGAUAACAAAGCGAAAUUUGUGAGAUUAGCAGCGAACAUCACACUGGUUUCAGAGAACUUUGAACUUAGCAGCCUCCAAGUGUUUACCACCGAUGAACACAUUUUGUAUGCAUAUCCUAAGUAAGCAUUAAGUUAUAUUGUACGCAAUGGCUAAGUUCAAGUUUUACUAUGAUUUGAUGUCACAACCAUCGCGUGCCCUUUGGAUUGCAUUGCGGCUGGGUAAGAUUCCACAUGAGGAUUGUCCGGUAGCAUUGCGAAAGUCGGAGCAUCUCAAACCAGAGUACAAAGAAAUUAAUCGCUUUCAAAAAGUGCCGGCAAUAGUGGAUGAAGAUUUUCAUCUGGGCGAGAGUGUGGCGAUCGUAAGGUAUCUUUCCGAUAAGGGUAAAUUCAGUGAAGCACUCUAUCCCAAAGCACUGCAGCAUCGAGCGCGUGUCGAUGAAUUUCUAGAAUGGCAGCAUCUAGGUGUACGCUUUGGUUGUACUUCGUACUUUCUCGAUAUGUGGCUAUUUCCUAUCAGUGGCAUAAAGCCUAAGCCUAGCGCCGAGAAAGCAGCUAUGUUAUGCAAAAACAUGGAAACACAACUUAAAAUUUUGGAGGAGAUUUGGUUGAAGGACAACAACUUUGUGGUGGAAAAUGAAAUAACUGUGGCCGAUUUGUUCGGUUGCUGUGAAGUUGAACAGAUAAAACUGACACAAUACGAUGUCGGUAAGAAAUUUCCAAAAACUGCCGAGUGGAUGCAACGUGUGCGUGCGCAGGCAAAUCCACACUAUGAUGCUGCACACGCAUUUAUCUACAAGAAAUCUGGCUUGAAUUGAUGUGAAUUUUUGUAAAUAGGUAUAAAAUUUAAAUGAUUUAAAUUGUAGAAAAGUUGUUUAAAAUAUGUUUAGUCAUCGCUUGUGGCUUAGUAAUAUUUAGAUAAAUUUUACUACUACUAAUUUCACAUGAAAUAUUAUUGUACCGUUGUUAUGAUAUAUGUUACUUUAAGUAGAUAUGGAAAUUCUUUAGAGCUUGGGUGAGGCCACUCCGCCUUAUUAGUUUUGCCACUGAAAUAAAAUAAAUCUUCGGGGCGUCGUCUUAAUGCGAUGGCUGAUGCUCCUCCAAAAUAAA